AUGCAUCUAAAACUACUCAUUUUGUUCAUUUUGACUUCAAACUAUGAUUUCACCGAGGGAAGAGAUGAUAAUUAUCAUACCAAAUCUACGACUAUUGCACCCGUGACAAGUACGAGUGAAUCGACGACCGAUGAGAUUACAACUGAGAAACCCACUUCUGUAUCGACAUCACCGACAACAGAACAAACAACACCAUCUACUGCAACAACAACUCAAUCCACCUCUCCAAGUGAGUCAACUACGAAAGAGACUACGACAACUGAGAAAUCCUCUUCUGCUUCGACAACACGGAAUACAGAAGAAACUGCAAGAACGCCUACCACCGAACAAUCAACAUCGUCAACUGUAACAACAACUCAAUCUACUACUACGGAAAAGGCGACUACAGAACCUACUACAACAAGAACAACAGCCAAACCAACAACACCGUCUACUAUAAGAACAACUCAACCUACGUCCACGGAGGAGACGACUAAGGAACCUACUACAACAAGAACAACCAUCGAACCAACACAAUCUACUGAAACGACAACUCAACCGACUACCACAGACGAGACGACUUCGGAACCUACUACAACAAAAACAACAACCAAACCAACAACACCGCCGACUGUAACAACAACUCAAUCUACCACCACCGAAGAGACGACAACUAAACCUACUACAACAAGAACAACCACCAAACCAACAACACCAACAACUGUGACAACAACUCAAUCUACUACCACAGAGAAGACGACUACGAAACCAACUACAACCAGAUCGACCACUGAACCAACAACACCAACAACUGUGACAACAACAAAAUCUACUACCACAGAGGAGACGACUACGAAACCUACCACAACAAGAACAACCACUAAACCAACAACACCGUCGACACUGUCAACUGUAACAACAACUGAAUCAACCACUUCGAGUGGAUCAAGUACAAAAGAAACUACAAAAACUGAGAAACCCACUUCGCCUUCGACAACAGUUAGUACAGAACAAACCACAACUGAGAAAGAAAGUUACUCCGAAUGUAACCCAACUGCGAGAAAUACUCCUUCCAAACCUACAAAAUCUACAAGGCAGACAACAACAAAAAAAACCAAAACUACGAGAACAACUACAACAAAACCAACGAAAACCACAAGAAGGACCACUCCAAAAACUACCAGAACUAAGAAAACGCCUGCAACGAAACCAACAAAAACUACCAAAAUGACAACAACAAAACCUUCCAAGACAACGAAAACGUCUACUACAAAACCAACGAAGACUACAAAACCUACUACUGCGAAGCCGACAACACCGACAACCGUGACAACAACUCAAACUACUACUACAGAGGAUACGACUACGAAACCUACUACCACGAAAACAACUCCAGAACCAACAACCCCGACAACUGAGACAACAACUCAAUCCACAACUCAAUCCACCACCACAGAGGAGACGACUGCGAAACCAACAACAACAAGAACAACUACAAAACCAACAACUCCGACAACUGAGACAACAACUCGAUCUACUACCACAGAGGAGACGACAACGAAACCUACCACAACUAGAACAACCACUGACCCAACAACACCAACAACUGUGACGACAACUCAAUCAACUACCACAGAAGGGACGAAUACGAAACCUACAACAACAAGAACAACUACAAAACCAACAACACCGACAACUGAAACAACAACUCGAUCAACUACCACAGAGGAGACGAAAACGAAACCUAUCACAACUAGAACAACCACUGAACCAACAACACCAACAACUGUGACGACAACUCAAUCAACUACCACAGAAGAGACGACUACGAAACCUACAACAACAAGAACAACUACAAAUCCAACAACACCGACAACUGAGACAACAACUCAAUCUACUACCACAGAGGAGACGACAACGAAACCUACCACAACUAGAACAACCACUGAACCAACAACACCAACAACUGUGACGACAACUCAAUCAACUACCACAAAAGAGACGACUACGAAACCUACAACAACAAGAACAACUACAAAACCAACAACACCGACAACUGAGACAACAACUCAAUCUACUACCACAGAGGAGACGACAACGAAACCUACCACAACUAGAACAAAAACAAAACCAACAACACCAACAACUGUGACAACUCAAUCAACUACCACAGAAGAGACGACUUCGAAACCUACAACAACAAGAACAACUACAAAACCAACAACACCGACAACUGAGACAACAACUCGAUCUACUACCACAGAGGAGACGACAACGAAACCUACCACAACUAGAACAACCACUGAACCAACAACAACAACAACUGUGACGACAACUCAAUCAACUACCACAGAAGAGACGACUACGAAACCUACAACAACAAGAACAACUACAAAACCAACAACACCGACAACUAAAACAACAACUGGAUCAACUACCACAGAGGAGACGACUACGGAACCGACUACAACAAAAACAACUUCAGAAACAACAACUCCGACAACUGAGACAACAACUCGAUCUACUACCACAGAGGAGACGACAACGAAACCUACCACAACUAGAACAACCACUGUACCAACAACACCAACAACUGUGACGACAACUCAAUCCACCACCACAGAGGAGACGACUACGAAACCAACUACAACCAGAACAACCACUAAACCAACAACACCAACAACUGAAACAACAACUCGAUCUACUACCACAGAGGAGACGACAACGAAACCUACCACAACUAGAACAACCACUGAACCAACAACACCAACAACUGUGACGACAACUCAAUCAACUACCACAGAAGAGACGACUACGAAACCUACAACAACAAGAACAACUACAAAACCAACAACACCGACAACUGAAACAACAACUCGAUCAACUACCACAGAGGAGACGACAACGAAACCUACCACAACUAGAACAACCACUGAACCAACAACACCAACAACUGUGACGACAACUCAAUCAACUACCACAGAAGAGACGACUACGAAACCUACAACAACAAGAACAACUACAAAACCAACAACACCGACAACUGAAACAACAACUCGAUCAACUACCACAGAGGAGACGACUACGAAACCUACCACAACUAGAACAACCACUGAACCAACAACACCAACAACUGUGACGACAACUCAAUCAACUACCACAGAAGAGACGACUACGAAACCUACAACAAGAACAACUACAAAACCAACAACACCGACAACUGAAACAACAACUCGAUCAACUAUCACAGGGGAGACGACAACGAAACCUACCACAACUAGAACAACCACUGAACCAACAACACCAACAACUGUGACGACAACUCAAUCAACUACCACAGAAGAGACGACUACGAAACCUACAACAACAAGAACAACUACAAAACCAACAACACCGACAACUGAAACAACAACUCGAUCAACUAUCACAGAGGAGACGACAACGAAACCUACCACAACUAGAACAACCACUGAACCAACAACACCAACAACUGUGACGACAACUCAAUCAACUACCACAGAAGAGACGACUACGAAACCUACAACAACAAAAACAACUACAAAACCAACAACACCGACAACUGAAACAACAACUCGAUCAACUACCACAGAGGAGACGACAACGAAACCUACCACAACUAGAACAACCACUGAACCAACAACACCAACAACUGUGACGACAACUCAAUCAACUACCACAGAAGAGACGACUACGAAACCUACAACAACAAGAACAACUACAAAACCAACAACACCGACAACUGAAACAACAACUCGAUCAACUACCACAGAGGAGACGACAACGAAACCUACCACAACUAGAACAACCACUGAACCAACAACACCAACAACUGUGACAACUCAAUCAACUACCACAGAAGAGACGACUACGAAACCUACAACAACAAGAACAACUACAAAACCAACAACACCGACAACUGAAACAACAACUCGAUCAACUACCACAGAGAAGACGACAACGAAACCUACCACAACUAGAACAACCACUGAACCAACAACACCAACAACUGUGACGACAACUCAAUCAACUACCACAGAAGAGACGACUACGAAACCUACAACAACAAGAACAACUACAAAACCAACAACACCGACAACUGAGACAACAACUCGAUCUACUACCACAGAGGAGACGACAACGAAACCUACCACAACUAGAACAACCACUGAACUAACAACACCAACAACUGUGACGACAACUCAAUCAACUACCACAGAAGAGACAACUACGAAACCUACAACAACAAAAACAACUACAAAUUCAACAACACCGACAACUGAAACAACAACUCGAUCAACUACCACAGAGGAGACGACAACGAAACCUACCACGACUAGAACAACCACUGAACCAACAACACCAACAACUGUGACGACAACUCAAUCAACUACCACAGAAGAGACGACUACGAAACCUACAACAACAAGAACAACUACAAAACCAACAACACCGACAACUGAAACAACAACUCGAUCAACUACCACAGAGAAGACGACAACGAAACCUACCACAACUAGAACAACCACUGAACCAACAACACCAACAACUGUGACGACAACUCAAUCAACUACCACAGAAGAGACGACUACGAAACCUACAACAACAAGAACAACUACAAAACCAACAACACCGACAACUGAAACAACAACUCGAUCAACUACCACAGAGGAGACGACAACGAAACCUACCACAACUAGAACAACCACUGAACCAACAACACCAACAACUGUGACGACAACUCAAUCAACUACCACAGAAGAGACGACUACGAAACCUACAACAACAAGAACAACUACAAAACCAACAACACCGACAACUGAAACAACAACUCGAUCAACUACCACAGAGGAGACGACUACGAAACCUACCACAACUAGAACAACCACUGAACCAACAACACCAACAACUGUGACGACAACUCAAUCAACUACCACAGAAGAGACGACUACGAAACCUACAACAACAAGAACAACUACAAAACCAACAACACCGACAACUGAAACAACAACUCGAUCAACUAUCACAGGGGAGACGACAACGAAACCUACCACAACUAGAACAACCACUGAACCAACAACACCAACAACUGUGACGACAACUCAAUCAACUACCACAGAAGAGACGACUACGAAACCUACAACAACAAGAACAACUACAAAACCGACAACACCGACAACUGAAACAACAACUCGAUCAACUACCCCAGAGGAGACGACAACGAAACCUACCACAACUAGAACAACCACUGAACUAACAACACCAACAACUGUGACGACAACUCAAUCAACUACCACAGAAGAGACGACUACGAAACCUACAACAACAAGAACAACUACAAAACCAACAACACCGAAAACUGAGACAACAACUCGAUCUACUACCACAGAGGAGACGACAACGAAACCUAUCACAACUAGAACAACCACUGAACCAACAACACCAACAACUGUGACGACAACUCAAUCAACUACCACAGAAGAGACGACUACGAAACCUACAACAACAAAAACAACUACAAAACCAACAACACCGACAACUGAAACAACAACUCGAUCAACUACCACAGAGGAGACGACAACGAAACCUACCACAACUAGAACAACCACUGAACCAACAACACCAACAACUGUGACGACAACUCAAUCAACUACCACAGAAGAGACGACUACGAAACCUUCAACAACAAGAACAACUACAAAACCAACAACACCGACAACUGAAACAACAACUCGGUCAACUACCACAGAGGAGACGACAACGAAACCUACCACAACUAGGACAACCACUGAACCAACAACACCAACAACUGUGACAACUCAAUCAACCACCACAGAAGAGACGACUACGAAACCUACAACAAGAACAACUACAAAACCAACAACACGGACAACUGAAACAACAACUCGAUCAACUACCACAGAGAAGACGACAACGAAACCUACCACAACUAGAACAACCACUGAACCAACAACACCAACAACUGUGACGACAACUCAAUCAACUACCACAGAAGAGACGACUACGAAACCUACAACAACAAGAACAACUACAAAACCAACAACACCGACAACUGAGACAACAACUCGAUCUACUACCACAGAGGAGACGACAACGAAACCUACCACAACUAGAACAACCACUGAACUAACAACACCAACAACUGUGACGACAACUCAAUCAACUACCACAGAAGAGACAACUACGAAACCUACAACAACAAAAACAACUACAAAACCAACAACACCGACAACUGAAACAACAACUCGAUCAACUACCACAGAGGAGACGACAACGAAACCUACCACGACUAGAACAACCACUGAACCAACAACACCAACAACUGUGACGACAACUCAAUCAACUACCACAGAAGAGACGACUACGAAACCUACAACAACAAGAACAACUACAAAACCAACAACACCGACAACUGAAACAACAACUCGAUCAACUACCACAGAGGAGACGACAACAAAACCUACCACAACUAGAACAACCACUGAACCAACAACACCAACAACUGUGACAACUCAAUCAACUACCACAGAAGAGACGACUACGAAACCUACAACAACAAGAACAACUACAAAACCAACAACACCGACAACUGAAACAACAACUCGAUCAACUACCACAGAGAAGACGACAACGAAACCUACCACAACUAGAACAACCACUGAACCAACAACACCAACAACUGUGACGACAACUCAAUCAACUACCACAGAAGAGACGACUACGAAACCUACCACAACUAGAACAACCACUGAACCAACAACACCAACAACUGUGACGACAACUCAAUCAACUACCACAGAAGAGGCGACUACGAAACCUACAACAACAAGAACAACUACAAAACCAACAACACCGACAACUGAAACAACAACUCGAUCAACUACCACAGAGGAGACGACAACGAAACCUACCACAACUGGAACAACCACUGAACCAACAACACCAACAACUGUGACGACAACUCAAUCAACUACCACAGAAGAGACGACUACGAAACCUACAACAACAAGAACAACUACGAAACCAACAACACCGACAACUGAAACAACAACUCGAUCAACUACCACAGAGGAGACGACAACGAAACCUACCACAACUAGAACAACCACUGAACCAACAACACCAACAACUGUGACGACAACUCAAUCAACUACCACAGAAGAGACGACUACGAAACCUUCAACAAAAAGAACAACUACAAAACCAACAGCACCUACAACUGAAACAACAACUCGAUCUACUACCACAGAGGAGACGACAACGAAACCUACCACAACUAGAACAACCACUGAACUAACAACACCAACAACUGUGACGACAACUCAAUCAACUACCACAGAAGAGACAACUACGAAACCUACAACAACAAAAACAACUACAAAACCAACAACACCGACAACUGAAACAACAACUCGAUCAACUACCACAGAGGAGACGACAACGAAACCUACCACAACUAGAACAACCACUGAACCAACAACACCAACAACUGUGACGACAACUCAAUCAACUACCACAGAAGAGACGACUACGAAACCUACAACAACAAGAACAACUACAAAACCAACAACACCGACAACUGAAACAACAACUCGAUCAACUACCACAGAGGAGAAGACAACAAAACCUACCACAACUAGAACAACCACUGAACCAACAACACCAACAACUGUGACAACUCAAUCAACUACCACAGAAGAGACGACUACGAAACCUACAACAACAAGAACAACUACAAAACCAACAACACCGACAACUGAAACAACAACUCGAUCAACUACCACAGAGAAGACGACAACGAAACCUACCACAACUAGAACAACCACUGAACCAACAACACCAACAACUGUGACGACAACUCAAUCAACUACCACAGAAGAGACGACUACGAAACCUACCACAACUAGAACAACCACUGAACCAACAACACCAACAACUGUGACGACAACUCAAUCAACUACCACAGAAGAGACGACUACGAAACCUACAACAACAAGAACAACUACAAAACCAACAACACCGACAACUGAAACAACAACUCGAUCUACUACCACAGAGGAGACGACAACGAAACCUACCACAACUAGAACAACCACUGAACUAACAACACCAACAACUGUGACGACAACUCAAUCAACUACCACAGAAGAGACAACUACGAAACCUACAACAACAAAAACAACUACAAAACCAACAACACCGACAACUGAAACAACAACUCGAUCAACUACCACAGAGGAGACGACAACGAAACCUACCACAACUAGAACAACCACUGAACCAACAACACCAACAACUGUGACGACAACUCAAUCAACUACCACAGAAGAGACGACUACGAAACCUACAACAACAAGAACAACUACAAAACCAACAACACCGACAACUGGAACAACAACUCGAUCAACUACCACAGAGGAGACGACAACAAAACCUACCACAACUAGAACAACCACUGAACCAACAACACCAACAACUGUGACAACUCAAUCAACUACCACAGAAGAGACGACUACGAAACCUACAACAACAAGAACAACUACAAAACCAACAACACCGACAACUGAAACAACAACUCGAUCAACUACCACAGAGAAGACGACAACGAAACCUACCACAACUAGAACAACCACUGAACCAACAACACCAACAACUGUGACGACAACUCAAUCAACUACCACAGAAGAGACGACUACGAAACCUACCACAACUAGAACAACCACUGAACCAACAACACCAACAACUGUGACGACAACUCAAUCAACUACCACAGAAGAGACGACUACGAAACCUACAACAACAAGAACAACUACAAAACCAACAACACCGACAACUGAAACAACAACUCGAUCAACUACCACAGAGGAGACGACAACGAAACCUACCACAACUAGAACAACCACUGAACCAACAACACCAACAACUGUGACGACAACUCAAUCAACUACCACAGAAGAGACGACUACGAAACCUACAACAACAAGAACAACUACAAAACCAACAACACCGACAACUGAAACAACAACUCGAUCAACUACCACAGAGGAGACGACAACGAAACCUACCACAACUAGAACAACCACUGAACCAACAACACCAACAACUGUGACGACAACUCAAUCAACUACCACAGAAGAGACGACUACGAAACCUACAACAACAAGAACAACUACAAAACCAACAACACCGACAACUGAAACAACAACUCGAUCAACUACCACAGAGGAGACGACAACGAAACCUACCACAACUAGAACAACCACUGAACCAACAACACCAACAACUGUGACGACAACUCAAUCAACUACCACAGAAGAGACGACUACGAAACCUUCAACAACAAGAACAACUACAAAACCAACAACACCGACAACUGAAACAACAACUCGAUCAACUACCACAGAGGAGACGACAACGAAACCUACCACAACUAGGACAACCACUGAACCAACAACACCAACAACUGUGACAACUCAAUCAACCACCACAGAAGAGACGACUACGAAACCUACAACAAGAACAACUACAAAACCAACAACACCGACAACUGAAACAACAACUCGAUCAACUACCACAGAGAAGACGACAACGAAACCUACCACAACUAGAACAACCACUGAACCAACAACACCAACAACUGUGACGACAACUCAAUCAACUACCACAGAAGAGACGACUACGAAACCUACAACAACAAGAACAACUACAAAACCAACAACACCGACAACUGAGACAACAACUCGAUCUACUACCACAGAGGAGACGACAACGAAACCUACCACAACUAGAACAACCACUGAACUAACAACACCAACAACUGUGACGACAACUCAAUCAACUACCACAGAAGAGACAACUACGAAACCUACAACAACAAAAACAACUACAAAACCAACAACACCGACAACUGAAACAACAACUCGAUCAACUACCACAGAGGAGACGACAACGAAACCUACCACGACUAGAACAACCACUGAACCAACAACACCAACAACUGUGACGACAACUCAAUCAACUACCACAGAAGAGACGACUACGAAACCUACAACAACAAGAACAACUACAAAACCAACAACACCGACAACUGAAACAACAACUCGAUCAACUACCACAGAGGAGACGACAACAAAACCUACCACAACUAGAACAACCACUGAACCAACAACACCAACAACUGUGACAACUCAAUCAACUACCACAGAAGAGACGACUACGAAACCUACAACAACAAGAACAACUACAAAACCAACAACACCGACAACUGAAACAACAACUCGAUCAACUACCACAGAGAAGACGACAACGAAACCUACCACAACUAGAACAACCACUGAACCAACAACACCAACAACUGUGACGACAACUCAAUCAACUACCACAGAAGAGACGACUACGAAACCUACCACAACUAGAACAACCACUGAACCAACAACACCAACAACUGUGACGACAACUCAAUCAACUACCACAGAAGAGACGACUACGAAACCUACAACAACAAGAACAACUACAAAACCAACAACACCGACAACUGAAACAACAACUCGAUCAACUACCACAGAGGAGACGACAACGAAACCUACCACAACUAGAACAACCACUGAACCAACAACACCAACAACUGUGACGACAACUCAAUCAACUACCACAGAAGAGACGACUACGAAACCUACAACAACAAGAACAACUACAAAACCAACAACACCGACAACUGAAACAACAACUCGAUCAACUACCACAGAGGAGACGACAACGAAACCUACCACAACUAGAACAACCACUGAACCAACAACACCAACAACUGUGACGACAACUCAAUCAACUACCACAGAAGAGACGACUACGAAACCUUCAACAACAAGAACAACUACAAAACCAACAACACCGACAACUGAAACAACAACUCGAUCUACUACCACAGAGGAGACGACAACGAAACCUACCACAACUAGAACAACCACUGAACUAACAACACCAACAACUGUGACGACAACUCAAUCAACUACCACAGAAGAGACAACUACGAAACCUACAACAACAAAAACAACUACAAAACCAACAACACCGACAACUGAAACAACAACUCGAUCAACUACCACAGAGGAGACGACAACGAAACCUACCACAACUAGAACAACCACUGAACCAACAACACCAACAACUGUGACGACAACUCAAUCAACUACCACAGAAGAGACGACUACGAAACCUACAACAACAAGAACAACUACAAAACCAACAACACCGACAACUGAAACAACAACUCGAUCAACUACCACAGAGGAGACGACAUCAAAACCUACCACAACUAGAACAACCACUGAACCAACAACACCAACAACUGUGACAACUCAAUCAACUACCACAGAAGAGACGACUACGAAACCUACAACAACAAGAACAACUACAAAACCAACAACACCGACAACUGAAACAACAACUCGAUCAACUACCACAGAGAAGACGACAACGAAACCUACCACAACUAGAACAACCACUGAACCAACAACACCAACAACUGUGACGACAACUCAAUCAACUACCACAGAAGAGACGACUACGAAACCUACCACAACUAGAACAACCACUGAACCAACAACACCAACAACUGUGACGACAACUCAAUCAACUACCACAGAAGAGACGACUACGAAACCUACAACAACAAGAACAACUACAAAACCAACAACACCGACAACUGAAACAACAACUCGAUCUACUACCACAGAGGAGACGACAACGAAACCUACCACAACUAGAACAACCACUGCACUAACAACACCAACAACUGUGACGACAACUCAAUCAACUACCACAGAAGAGACAACUACGAAACCUACAACAACGAAAACAACUACAAAACCAACAACACCGACAACUGAAACAACAACUCGAUCAACUACCACAGAGGAGACGACAACGAAACCUACCACAACUAGAACAACCACUGAACCAACAACACCAACAACUGUGACGACAACUCAAUCAACUACCACAGAAGAGACGACUACGAAACCUACAACAACAAGAACAACUACAAAACCAACAACACCGACAACUGAAACAACAACUCGAUCAACUACCACAGAGGAGACGACAACAAAACCUACCACAACUAGAACAACCACUGAACCAACAACACCAACAACUGUGACAACUCAAUCAACUACCACAGAAGAGACGACUACGAAACCUACAACAACAAGAACAACUACAAAACCAACAACACCGACAACUGAAACAACAACUCGAUCAACUACCACAGAGAAGACGACAACGAAACCUACCACAACUAGAACAACCACUGAACCAACAACACCAACAACUGUGACGACAACUCAAUCAACUACCACAGAAGAGACGACUACGAAACCUACAACAACAAGAACAACUACAAAACCAACAACACCGACAACUGAAACAACAACUCGAUCAACUAUCACAGAGGAGACGACAACGAAACCUACCACAACUAGAACAACCACUGAACCAACAACACCAACAACUGUGACGACAACUCAAUCAACUACCACAGAAGAGACGACUACGAAACCUACAACAAGAACAACUACAAAACCGACAACACCGACAACUGAAACAACAACUCGAUCAACUACCACAGAGGAGACGACAACGAAACCUACCACAACUAGAACAACCACUGAACUAACAACACCAACAACUGUGACGACAACUCAAUCAACUACCACAGAAGAGACGACUACGAAACCUACAACAACAAGAACAACUACAAAACCAACAACACCGACAACUGAGACAACAACUCGAUCUACUACCACAGAGGAGACGACAACCAAACCUACCACAACUAGAACAACCACUGAACCAACAACACCAACAACUGUGACGACAGCUCAAUCAACUACCACAGAAGAGACGACUACGAAACCUACAACAACAAAAACAACUACAAAACCAACAACACCGACAACUGAAACAACAACUCGAUCAACUACCACAGAGGAGACGACAACGAAACCUACCACAACUAGAACAACCACUGAACCAACAACACCAACAACUGUGACGACAACUCAAUCAACUACCACAGAAGAGACGACUACGAAACCUACAACAACAAGAACAACUACAAAACCAACAACACCGACAACUGAAACAACAACUCGAUCAACUACCACAGAGGAGACGACAACGAAACCUACCACAACUAGAACAACCACUGAACCAACAACACCAACAACUGUGACGACAACUCAAUCAACUACCACAGAAGAGACGACUACGAAACCUACCACAACUAGAACAACCACUGAACCAACAACACCAACAACUGUGACGACAACUCAAUCAACUACCACAGAAGAGACGACUACGAAACCUACAACAACAAGAACAACUACAAAACCAACAACACCGACAACUGAAACAACAACUCGAUCAACUACCACAGAGGAGACGACAACGAAACCUACCACAACUAGAACAACCACUGAACCAACAACACCAACAACUGUGACGACAACUCAAUCAACUACCACAGAAGGGACGACUACGAAACCUACAACAACAAGAACAACUACAAAACCAACAACACCGACAACUGAAACAACAACUCGAUCAACUACCACAGAGGAGACGACAACGAAACCUACCACAACUAGAACAACCACUGAACCAACAACACCAACAACUGUGACGACAACUCAAUCAACUACCACAGAAGAGACGACUACGAAACCUUCAACAACAAGAACAACUACAAAACCAACAACACCGACAACUGAGACAACCACUCGAUCUACUACCACAGAGGAGACGACAACGAAACCUACCACAACUAGAACAACCACUGAACCAACAACACCAACAACUGUGACGACAACUCAAUCAACUACCACAGAAGAGACGACUACGAAACCUACAACAACAAGAACAACUACAAAACCAACAACACCGACAACUGAAACAACAACUCGAUCAACUACCACAGAGGAGACGACAACGAAACCUACCACAACUAGAACAACCACUGAACCAACAACACCAACAACUGUGACGACAACUCAAUCAACUACCACAGAAGAGACGACUACGAAACCUUCAACAACAAGAACAACUACAAAACCAACAACACCGACAACUGAAACAACAACUCGGUCAACUUCUACAGAGGAGACGACAACGAAACCUACCACAACUAGAACAACCACUGAACCAACAUCACCAACAACUGUGACGACAACUCAAUCUACUACCACAGAGGAGGCGACUACGAGACCCACUACAAGAACAAGGACUAAAGCAACAACUACGAAACUCACUUCAACAAGAACAACCACCAAACCAACAACACCGUCAACUGUAACAGCAACUCAAUCUUCUUCUACUCCAAAUCCUACCACAACUAGUAGGACUACUCCGAAGGCUACCACAACUACUCCAAAGCCCACGUCAAGCACGAGAACUACUCCAAAGGCUACCACAACGACUAGAACCACUCCAAAGGCUACCACAACUACGAAGCAGACCAGAACAAAGCCGACGACAACUACUAGGACUACUCCAAAGCCAACCACAACUACUAAAACUACUCCAAAGGCUACCACAACUGCAAAACAGAGCACUACUAAGCCUACCACAACUACUAGGACUACUCCAAAGCCUACCACAACUACUAAAACUACUCCAAAGGCUACCACAACUGCGAAACAGACCACUACUAAGCCUACUACAACUACUAGGACUACUCCAAAGCCUACCACAACUACUAAAACCACUCGAAAGGCUACCACAACUACGAAACAGACCACUACAAAGUCCACCCCAUCAACUACUAGGACUACUCCAAAGUCUAUUAUAACUACGAGAACUACUGGAAAGCCUAUUACAACUACAGAAAAGACCACGACAAAACCUACCACAACUACAAGGACAACUAAGAAGCCCAGAAAAACUACGAAAAAGGCCCCUUCGAAAUCUACCAAAACUACAAAAAAGACCACAACAUCAAAGAGGACUUCGCCCACCACUACCAGAAAACCUAAAUCUACUAAGAAAUCUAAAACUACAACACCUGCAUGUAAAACGAAACCGACUACUAGAAAAUCGAGGACAACAAAAUCGCGACGUUGGUGGCACGAUGAUAGUAACCAUAAGGAAUGGGACGAUAAUAGAAGCCAAGAGAAAUGGAACAAUGAUAGAAACCAUAAGGAAUGGAACGAUGAUAGAAAUCAUAAGGCACGGAACGAAGAAAGAAUCAAUCAUGGAAGAAUGGAUGAAGAACGCGAUAGAAAUUGAAGGAUAGAUAGUUCAUUUAGAUCAUUACUGUAGAUAUCCAGUAUAGGAGUUAAAUAUUGUUCAAAUACUAUGUACUUAUUCAAUAUUAUUAUUAUCGAUAUUUCCAUUAAC